UUUCUCUAUCAACUUCUCAGUUUUGGUAUGAUAGUGUCUUCAGCACUUAUGAUAUGGAAAGGUUUGAUGGUUGUUACAGGAAGUGAAAGCCCUAUAGUUGUAGUUUUAUCAGGUAGUAUGGAGCCUGCUUUUCAUAGAGGUGAUUUAUUGUUUUUAACAAAUUACCCAGAAGAGCCUGUAAGAGUUGGAGAAAUUGUUGUAUUUAAAGUAGAUGGAAGAGAUAUUCCAAUUGUACAUCGAGUAUUAAAACUUCACGAAAAGCUAUGAGUUCUACUACCUCAC